AUUGAUCAGUCUUGGCCGUGCAUCGCUUCAUGUCCCAAUGCAGCUUCUGCUAGCGAAUACCAGCGUACGAAGCUGCACUCCACUCCGCCAGCCACCCAAUGAGGGUUGCUUCAUUGCAGCUCUCAAAUCUAGAUAUUCGCCGACCAGAGUACUGCGUCGUUCUUGCUGACGAUCAUCGUGGAUCUAAUCGAACGGGUCAGUGCGUUGCUCCUGCCAUGGGAGGCACUGUUUGACUUGCUCCGUAGCUGUCCCUCAUAGCUGCUCUUGACCCCGGCACUUUCCCUGGAAACCAUUAACACUCCACCUACACGUUAUUCUUCCUCCUGUUUUGUUACCUAUUGUUUGCGCUCGCACGUGGUGACGCGUGCUAUCUUUCACAAUGCCCGGCCAAUUACGAUCAUUGCUGGGCACUAUCAUGAAGAAGCCUACCAAAGCCAGCGAUGGUCGGUCGGCUGAAGCUUCCAGCGGUAUGAAGGCCGCUGAGAAGACAGCCAUCAAGGAUGACAUCAAGAACCUUGGUUUUAAGAAUGCCAAAUUUGCCGUUGAGGCAAUCACAACCUUGGCUUCUGGCGACCCUCUAGACGACAAGGACUGUUUGCUCGAACAUGGCGUCGAGAUGCUACAGGGACUGCCGCUGAAUAGUGGGUUGAGCGAAAAGGUUUCGGACGGCUUCAUAUCCAUGUUAUGGCACGAUCUUCCACACCCUCCGCCCACUAUGACUGGGCCUACGGCACGGUAUCGUCGACAUGAUGGCAGUGGAAACAACCCUUGGAACCCAGAGAUGGGUAAGGCUGGUUUGCCUUACACGCGUAAUGUGCCACCAUCCAAACCGAAAGGGCCCAACCUACCCAAUGUCGAGGACGUCUACGAAGCUUUGCUGAAACGUGACGGUCCGUUCCGCCCACAUCCAUCCGGGUUGAACCGUCUCUUCUUCUCGUUCGCGACAGUAGUCAUUCACGAAUGCUUCCAGACCUCCAGAGAGAACCCUUGGAUAAAUGAAACCUCCAGUUACGUCGAUCUCAGCACAUUAUAUGGAAACACGGACAAGGAGCAAAAGCGGGUCCGGACAUACAAGAGUGGUUUGAUCUGGCCAGACUCGAUCGCAUCAGAACGUAUCAUGAUGAUGCCGCCUGGCGUGGUUGCAGUGCUCCUGAUGUUCUCGAGAAAUCAUAACCACGUCGCGGAAUCACUGUACUCUGUCAACGAGGACGGCAAGUACAAACCUUGGGAUCAGCUUAAUGAGAAGGAAAAGGAGUGGCAAGACGAGGAUAUUUUCCAGAUUACGCGCAACAUCAAUGUUGGCUUCUUUGCAUCUGUAGUUCUGAAAGACUAUGUUGCCGCGAUCUUGAACACCCCUCGAGCGAACUCUGAGUGGUCUCUCAAUCUCGGAAAAGAGAUCAAACAAGGUGGGACCCGCGUUGAACGAGGCACCGGUAGUGCGGUGUCCGUGGAGUUUGCCGUACUAUAUCAUUGGCAUGCUGCACUCAGCGCUGCCGACGACCAGUGGAUGGAGGAUAUCGUGCGUUCCGUGCACCCCAACUUAGGCAGCAUCGACGACGUGACUGUUGAAAUGUUCCAUGAGGUCAUGAAGGUAUAUGGUCACAAGCUCUUUGCCCCAGGCAUGGAAGCUAAGAACUGGACCUUCGGGAACCUGCAGAGAGGGCCGGAUGGCCGUUUCAAAGACAGCGAUCUGUCCGAGUUGAUAAAGAGUUGCAUUGAAGAGCCUGCACAUGCAUUUGGCGCGCACGGCACACCAGCAAGUCUCAAGGUUGUAGACUUGAUGGGUCAGCUACAGGCCCGUGACAUGUUCAACGUCUGUACGCUCAACGAGUUCCGCAGAUACUUGAACCUGAAGCCGUACGAGACCUUUGAAGACUGGAACGCCGACAAGGAGACAGCACGCGCUGCGGAGCUGCUCUACGGUCACAUUGAAAACAUGGAGUUGUACCCUGGCUUGAUGGCCGAAUGCACCAAGCCUGCCAUGCCAGGUAGCGGGGUGUGCCCAGGGCAGACCACCGGACGAGGUAUCUUGGAUGACGCUGUUGCUCUGGUGCGCGGCGAUCGCUUCCUCAGUUAUGACUUCAACGCCAACACAUUGACGAACUGGGGAGCUGCUCUGUUGCAGCAAACGACUCCCGGUGCCUAUGGUGGAGUUCUUCCGAGACUGCUCUUCCAAGGUCUCCCCGGUGGAUUUACCGGUACUUCGACGUACGUGCUCUUGCCUUUCUACACCCCAGAGGCAGCAAAGGGUAUCGUGCAAGGCAACAAAGUUCUGGAAAAGUACGAUCUCAAGCGACCACCCAACGACUACGACAUAGUCAGCGUUCAAACCCAAGAAGGCUGCAAGAAGGUUUUCGAAGAUCGUGACAGCUUCGUAGUCAUGUACCAGGCUGCAAUCCGCAAUUGUACCGCUGGGCAUGACUUCAUGAUCGGCUGGGACGAGGCUAAGAAGCACGAUGCUCGUUCGAACAUACUCCACAAGAUCUUCUUCGAGGAAGGCUUUGAGAAGAACAUUACGGACUUCUUCAGCACGAACGUUCGCAAGCAGAUCCUGAAGAACUCCGUCAAAGGUCCUAAGGGAAGGCGCUCUAUUGACAUUGUUCGGGAUGUGACCAACAUUGUGCCUAUUCUCUGGCUUGCGGAUCGCUUCGCGCUGCCGUUGAAGACGCAAGAGCAACCAAGAGGCUUACUGUCCCUCCACGAAGCUUUCACCGCAUACCUUGUCCUCUUCAUGUACCAGAGCUUCAACAUUAUGCCGGCCAACGAAUGGAAGCUGAAGGAAGGCGCAAUGAAAGCGGCUGCGCCGUUGCGACAGAUCUUCGAGACUCAUCUCAAGACGCAGACUGGCAGACUGGAGGGUUUCGUUGACUGGAUGGCGAAGGGAAGCGCCUUUGAAGUCGGCCCCCAUGCUGAUCGCAUCUAUAAGGCACUCGCCAAUACAAAGCUGCCAAUUGGGGACCAGGUUGGUGAUUGCAUUGGUAUGGGUGCGCCUGUUGCCGGCAACAUUACACAACAAGCGUCUCUGUUGAUCGACUUGUAUCUCAGCCCCGGCUAUGAGAAGUACAAGGAGCGUAUCAUCCAGCUUGCCCACAUGGAUCCUGCGGCGUCAGACCGCGAGCUGCAAGGCUUUGUGUAUGAGGGCAUGCGCCACGUAGGAGUCGUUCCCGGUUUGCCUCGCGUAGCGACGCGAGACAUCACGGUCAUGGACGGUGCUCACGGGCCUGUGACGAUCAAGAAGGGCCACACAGUCUUGAUCGCCACAUCCAAGGCGGCCAUGGACCCCGUCGCAUUCCCCAAUCCGGAGAUUCUCAACCCGCAUCGCUCGUUUAAGGAAUACACACUUCUUGGGCACGGCCUCCACUUCUGCUUCGGUGCUCGAUUGGUUGGUCCUUCACUCGCAACAACCCUGCGCGAGGUGUUCAAGCUGAAGAAUGUGCGCCGCGCACCAGGAAAGCAGGGUCGUUUCGUCACAACAGAGCACAAGCUCGCUGGCAUUACCAUGAGGCACUACCUGGAUGCCAGUUCAAACGAGAGCCCGAUUCCGACUAGUCUCACACUGCACUAUGACGAUGAGACUGUAGUGAACGGAGUCAAUGAAGUCAAUGGACACUCGAAUGGGCAUGCGACCAACGGGUACUCUAACGGCUACGUGAACGGAGAUGCGAUAAACGGGCUCACCACGAACGGCAUUGCGCAGUAGGAAAGCCACUUGUCGAACUAUGGGAUGGCCAAACCUGAGCCGAGUUAUGUGACGCCUGUGAAGGCAGAGGCCAGGAGGGUGGAGGAAAUGUCCUCACAGAACUGGCUAACCAAGUACAUGUAGCAGGGAAGUUGUGAUGUGUACGACGGAGUUGGUCCACUCGCUUUUCUUUUCAAAUACCCUAGUAGUAAGAAUGGAAUCAAUGAUACAGUUGAAGAAUGCUGUCGAUGGCAA